GCCUGUUACCUUCCUGAUCCAAAAGGAUCCAAAACCUCAAAUGCGUCCCUCCUGCUUUAUCAAAUACUUAUAUUCACAGAAGCAGAUUAGUCCCACUCUGGGACUUCCUCCAACAACAUCUCCAGAUCAGGGGACACUACUGACCCGACAGCAAGCAAACCAGGUCUUUCCUUCCAUAAGUCUAAUACCGCUAGCACAACUGCUCACCCUGGGGUCAGACCUGCAAUUGCUCAACCCUGCCACUGGACCAGCACAUGGUACACAGACGAUUCCUUUUCCCCUAGGGCCGCUGAACAGACCACAGCAGCUGCAGCCCCAGAUGUUACCCAUCAUUGUGGCACCACUUGGGGCUCAGGGUACUCUCCUAAGCUCAGAGGAACUGCCAUUAGCCUCACAAAUCUUCACAGGCCUCCUUAUCCACCCCUUGUUCCCGGGAGGCAUUCUGCCCUCCAGUCAGACAGGGGCUAAACCGGACGCGCAAAACGGAGUCCUUCCUACAAGACAGGCAGGAGCAAGCCAGGCUAUACAGGGAACCACCCGGGGCCAAGUCACAACUCCCGGUGUCACAGAUGAUGACGACUAUGAAACCAGCACCCCUGCAGGCAUGAGAAGGGGCACACACACCACGGAGGGAACCACUCUAGACCCACCAAAUAAUUACACCGAAACAUUAGCUCUGCUAGGUUUCAAGUUUGCCUGCAUAGGAAUUAGAACUAACUACACCAUUGAUUCUCCAGGCCUACAGCAGACCAAAUUCAUAUUUACAGACUUGUCAGCCUCCUUUAGGAUGUGA